GGCAUGAAUCAUGAACCUUCCCAAUUCUGAAAUGGCGGCCGUCGGAAGUCAGUUACUGUUGAUCGACGGCGACGGAGAAGGCGGCGACAUACUGGAGACGGUCUUCUCACGGGUUCCUCUCAUCGACUUAGUCUCAGCUUCGCACGUCUCCAAAUCGUGGCGCCGCGCCGUUUCCUCCUCCCUCCGCCGCACCAACCGGCCGCGGCCAUGGCUGAUUCUUCACUCGCACACGCGCCGGCCACCGUACGCCAUGGCGGCGCUGGCCUACGAUCCCCGGUCGAAAAUCUGGAUCGGAAUCCCCCGGCCGGAGACCGAGCCGGCGUCGCCGCCUCUCAAAUCCUCGCACUCGAAUUUUCUCUACAUCCUCUCAUCUUCGAGGUUAUCGUUCUCCGACGAUCCUCUGAACUUCAAUUGGCGCCAUGUCCGGCCUCCUCAGCUAUGGCGGAUGGAUCCGAUCGUCGCGCGGGUGGGGAACUCCGUCGUCGUCGCCGGCGGAGGCUGCGAUUUCGGAGACGAUCCAUUGGCGGUGGAGAUUUACGACCUCGACGCGCACGUGUGGCGCACGUGCCACUCAAUGCCUGGGGCUUUGAGAGACACGGCGGCUUCGCGGUGGCUGUCGAUCGCCGCCACGGCGGAGAGACUCAUCGUCACCGACAAGGAAUCCGGGUCGACCCACUGGUUCGACCCGGCUACCAAAUCGUGGUCCGGGCCUUUCAAUCUGGAUCCGGGUCGACCCGGAAUCGGCAGUUACAACAUUGGAUGCCUCGGCAACGGAAGCCUGAUUCUGAUCGGACUCUGCAGGACCGAAAUUGACGAUCGGAUCGGAGUUUGGAUGGUCGGAGACGACGACUUCGAGUGCGUACCGGUCGGAGAAAUGCCGCCGGAUUUCGUGGAGAAGCUGCGGGGCGAAAGUUUCCGUUGUUCCUCCAUUGGCGUUCGAGCGGCGGGGAAUACUGUUUACGUGUAUAAUUGCAAUGCGUACGCGGCGGAGGUGGUGGCGUGCGAGCUGGCGGCCGGCGGCGGGUUGGCGUGGUGGAGCGUGAGGAGUACGGCGGCGAUUACAGAGAGUACGGCGGUGACGUGCUCGGAGGUUGGGAUAGAGGAGCUGGAGCGAGUUAUGAGGGCGGCGACUCAGCGAUUCCAGGUAGACGCAGUGAGUUAACUCGUUUGCAAUUAAUAGCUGCCGAUUCAACUCAAUCGCCUUCCACAAGUCCGUACUUCGUUGGACUCUUCUUCUGAACACAAUUAUUACAGUGGUUAAAGCAAGCUUUAGUAUUUAUUCCGUGUCCUAUACAUGCGAAUUUAGUAAAAGAUAUAAUUACUAAAUAAUUAAAAAUA